AUGCAGGUCUCCAAAUUGCUAGUCAUUGCUCUCGUGUGCGUGGUCCUCAUCUCCGGCGCCGAGAUGAGCGCCGGCGCAGAGGCCGUGCCGCGAGCUCUCUGCCGAGAGCCAGCGUCCUCCCGGCGGCUCUGCCACACGGCGGCGGCUGCCGUGGGCGCGGACCGCCGGGACCCUCCCGGAUGCUGCCAUCCGCUGCCGAACUGCUGCGUCCACGUCGUCGACGACGACGCUGCCCCGGCGGCGUCCGACGACUCCCCGUAG